GUUCUAGUUGGAACUUCAAUAUAGUCAAGCGAUGGUUAUCAGAGCAAUUAGAGGAGGAAAUCUGUUCAUCUGGUAUUUGCAGCUCUUCUCGUCAAGAUCAACUGAUACAUACCUGUAGAGAGGAAAAUGCUGUUGCAAAUUUCUUAGCAAAUAAGGGAGUUUCAGAGAGAGAAAACAAGGAGAAUAUUUCUUCUAAUGAGCUUCCAUUCCAAGCUCGGUUAUUGAUGUUGCAAGAUCAAUAG